AUGAAUGUUGACUGAUAUAGAUAUAUAGUUGCAGAGAGCUUUUAUAAACUAGUGAUGUCAUUUUCUCCUGUGCCAGAUCUUCACAUAAUGUGGUUACUGCAUCAGUGGGUGGCUGCAGUGCAGCUACGGCUACAUGUUUCUCACAGAACUUAAAGGACUGGAUCUACAAGCUGGUCUACUUACUCUCAAACAGAUUAAAGCUGCGACAAAGAAUUUUGGCCCAGAUAAAAAAGUAGGGGAAGGUGAUUUUGGUUCAGUUUAUAAGGGUGCAAAGAGCGGUCGUGAAAUGGAGUCUGUACAAGCUAAGAAUCAAGCACUCAGAGAUGUUGGAGCUAUGGUUCCUACUUCAUAUGAAUCUUUUGAAGGAACGAUCAAAGAAGCAUUUGAAAAUCUGUUUUGAUAGGUGUUGGAAGGCAAACCAACUCCUGUAAAGGAAAUAACACCUCCAAAUAUUCGUAAAUGACACUGGCU